ACUAUAAGCUUCAAACCUAACUGUUCUUCUUCUGUUUACUAUUUUUCUAGAAUUUCCAUCUCUCUUCAAUGGCUUCUUUAGAUCAAACUAAACAGCCAAAUUUUGUUCCUCUGGUUGCCAAUCUGGACAAACCCUAUAUCCACAACAACUACUCCUUUGUCUUGGAACCUCCUUUGUGGAAGGAAAAACUUUGCAUUUUCCGUUCUUAGGUACUGCGUCCUUUUAUUGCUAUCAAUAAUUUGCACGCUCUUCUAGGGCCAAUACCUGACGCUGCUAGGGUUGUUAAACAAAUUGCUGAGUUAUUUCCUUCAUAUCAUCGUACCAAACCCUUAAUCAGUAAGGAUCUGACGAUUGAUUUCAUCCAUAUCUACAAAAACUCUGGGGUUUUUUUUCGGCCCCCACCGUCAUCCCAUACUACAUUACUUGGUUGAACAAAGUUGAAAAGGCGAAAGGAGAAUUUUUGAAACAACAAGGGCUUCUUGACUUAAUCCAACUAUUUAGGGUUGGCCCUACCUAUUUCUCCAAUCUUUUGGUGUCUUCCUUCUAUUUUCGGGAGGGUUCAACAAAUACCUUCCACUUCAAUUGUGGAAUGAUGACACCUACCUUGUUCGAUGUUGCGGCCAUUACUGGCCUUGCCCUACGAGUAAAUAUUUCAACCCAAAUGACAGUGAGGAAGACUUGGGUGUCGACAAAGACAUUGCAUGUUUUACCAAAUACAUGGAACACUACCAUGAUCAAAGCGUUGACUCUGUUUUUGACCAAGAGCAUGUCGCCUUCUUGGCUUUAUGGUUAUCCAAGUUUGUAUUUUGUUGUAAGUCCUUAAAGGUUGCCAAACGAUUCAUCGCCUUGGCUCACCAACUCCACCAAGGUCGCAACAUCUGCUUGAGGGAACUCAUCCUAGGAUCCCUCUAUUAAUAUUUAGGUGAAGGAGUUUAUCUCAUGACCGCUUUGAAACCUACAUCCAGUUACCUACUUGCUGGCCCUUUUUGGUUGCUCCAGCUCUGGCUAAAUGCCCCAUUUGUGCAAAGUCUACAUCUUGAUCUCCCCGAAGACAAGAUACCACCCUUAAUCAAAGAACCAUUGAAGGUCUUCUUCUUGCGCGAAUGACGUCUAAUGAUGAUGAUCUGACUCUAAAGGCUCCUCAGAUUAAGUAUUUGGCCAUGUUUUUUAGGUGUCGAUCUUUUACUCCAGAUAUGGCACCUUUUUCCUAUAGACAACAUGGUCCUGAAUGGCUUACAAGGGAGUUUCCUCCUAUGGACCCUACCUUACUAGCUGAGUCGAAAGGCAUUUGGGAAGCUCUUCUUACUCCCACGCUUAUCGUCACGAGGCUGGAACUAAAAGAAAGAGUGAAGCUUCUUUGUUACCAACCCAAUUUUGUGGCGCGCCAAUUUGGCAUGUGCCAACCUGUUCUUUGUUGUUUUUAUUAACACAAGUGUGAUUCAUGUAUUUGGUCCGUCAGUUUUAGUGAGGAAGAAUGUGUUGAGCGACUUGCCAGUUUUGCUGUCAACACUCCUGUCAUUACUACUCUUUCAUUUGAACCUACUUUCUAUACCACCAAGUAAUUUGUUGUAUGGUGGCUUAGAUAAUAUGUAAAAGCAUGUGGUGCAGGUUCACCGUUUAAAAAUUGACUAACUGAUGCUUUCUCUCUUAUGCAGCAAAAAUUCAAGAAAGGUAAAACCCAACAUAUCCAAGAAAUCCAGGAUUUUCAAAAGUACUUUGAAGCCGUCUACAAUCCCGAGUUCUUAAGCGCGACUCUACGAUGUUAUUGUGACUUUGAAAGAAAUUUUUUUGAAAAAAUUUCCUAGUUUAAAAUUACCUUCUAACGUGACACCCGAAAAUAGGUACGAGGUCGCUUUCAACAUGUAUCUGCCUAAGUUCCCACCUUUACCAAGUUCAGACAUGGCUUUGGAGUUUCGCCCUGCAUUCCCCGACUGGUGGCCCUGUAGUCCUAUCUAAGCACUUUAUGGACGACUUCAAAGGACAUCUUCAUGUCGAUAUCAAACAUGUUAGGAUUUUAACUCCAAUACCUGAAGGUGUGGAAAGUUGUUGGUUUUUUAAUUGUUCGUGCGUAUUCUUAUAGCCUCUUUCUUAACCUUGUGAUUUUUGUUUUACUAACAUUUCUACAGCGGUUGAGCAUCAAAAGCGUACCAUAGAUGCUGCAAGUGGUGUCAGUACUUUUACUCCAGCCAUUGAAACUCCUUCUACAGUACUUUCUUGCAGUAUUCACUUUGCUAACUCAUGCUUGUAUGUUUCAAAUCCUUAAACUGUAUUAUGGUUAUUUUCCUGUAAGUGCCUGUAGAAGCUGUUGUUCCCCCUCUUGAACCUACUCCUAGAAAACAAAAAUGUUUGAAAGCUAAGGAAACCUUGGCCGAUCGUUCUUCUCCUCCUGAGAUUCUAAAGCUAAAGCAGACAAAAAAGCCAAAUCGACUCGGACGACUCCUAGUCCUAAAGUUUCUGCCUCCUCUCGACCAAAAACUACUGAGGUGCCAAAAUCGCCCCCAGCGGCAAAACGCAACCUCAUGAAGUCCAAAAACAAACAAGUACCUUUGCACCUUGCCCCAAGCAAGCCUGAGAGCACUAACUCCAACCCAGAAGGCGGCCGUCAGCUGAAUCCUCGACCAACAAAAGUGAUCAUUAAAUGAUCAAAAUGCCAAGUCCAACUUACAAUUCAAUCGUCUUCCUCUGCCGCUCCACAAAUCACUUCUGCCACUACCACUUCGCCUCCACUCAUUACCCUAUUAGAGACACGUUCCUCCAAGAUUGAAGGUGACCUUCACUCUCCUCACGAUGAUUUCUCCUAUGCUGAUUCUGAAGAUGAGAUUCCUGACUAUUCUCUAGCAAGUGAAACUGAGGAAGCUGAGACAUAAGAUGACCAUGUGCUGCAUAAUGUUAUCGUCUCGCUGGUCGAUCAAAAUUUAACUAAUGUCUCUGAAGACCCAGACGUCAAUGAUCAAGACAACCUGGCUACUAAGGACCAUGUCGAGCAGCAAGCUAAUGCUCCAGUCGCUCAUGGAAUCUUUAAAGGUGAUCACAAUACUGUUAUAAUUCCAACAUCUUAGAGUCUCCCUUCUAAAAUCCCACCUACUCUCGACACUGUGCCUCCUCAACCUACUGCCACCUUUUAUACAGUCUCAACUCCUUCCUACACUAUUUUGGCUGCUGGUCCUAUGUCUCCCAAACAGCUAGCAGCUUUGAAGCAAACUAAACCUCUUGAGUACUUAAAACUCCUGAUGAAUGUUAGAGGUCUUUCAACUGGUGGGGGAUCCAGCUCUUCAACUGUGUCAGGGAGCUUUUCUUCUAUUGAAACUAAGGAAGAGGUUCUUCUUUGUCUUAAGACCAUGUUGUUCGAUGUUGACUUGGUCGAGAAAUUGGAGACUAACUCCUUGGCUGGCUCUGACAGUAAAAUUUUGUUGAAGAAAGUUGGUCUUCGAGUUGCUUCUCCCACUAUGGUUAACUUCGUGGUGGAGGUUUCCUAUUUCCUUGACCAACUCCUUGCUAACCUAGAGAGAAAAAAGGAUAUCCAUGCAAAGAAACUGCCCAAGGAACAAUCUCAGACCAAUGAACUGACCUUGGUAGCUACAUCUCUCACCAAAGUGGAAUAUCUCCAAAAGUCUCUUAACCAAGAGAAGUUAGCGUUUGACACUAGGGCUACCAACAUUACUCAGUGGAAAAAACAAGUGGAUGAAUGGAAAAAGUGUAUUGAGGAGCUGGAAACCAAAAUUCAGGAAGCUGAAGCUUUGCAAACCACUGGGAGCAGCAAAACUGAACAACAACUCAAUGCUGAAGCUUUGGUCGGAGUCAAACAUUUUGAAGAAGUGUAUUAUGGACCGACUUAUAUGAGAUGGAUGUACCUGAUUAAGCGAUACAUGAAGAUAUUAAAAGGGUAUCUGAAGAAUCAAAGUCGACGAUAAUCUUUUAUUGUUGAAAGGAAUAUGUUGAAGCUACUGAAUUUUGUAAUAAAUUUCUCUCAAUGAUGAACCUAUAAGACUUCUAAUGUCACGCCACUUGAGAAAAAUAACAUGGGGAGCGAUUAGUGCAGGUAAAUCGGUGAUCAUUUUGACAAUUGAAUUAAGUCAAGCACAUUUGUAGGUUAUUCACAAUGCUGACAAGGUUAAGCCUUAUGUUGAAAAGCACAUAGAAAUUCUCAAGAUGUUGAACCCCUAACAUAAAUGACAAUUGAUUAACAAGAGAACACAAUUGUAGUUUUAUAUCAUGGUUUAAAGUUCCUAAUUUUUCUAAAAUAAUCAAAUUUAGUUUCAAAAAGAUUAAGAUGGCUAGCAAAUAAAUCAAAUCCACAUAUUAUUUC